GUGUGGGAAACGAGAAGUGUUGAAUUGAAGAAAUUAUUUACCUAUCACAAUUGACCUGUGUAUUAGAGCGGGACCAUCUGGCGACGUUAUGGUAUAAAUGGACCGAACAAUUGCUAAAUGUCGUUCCACACAAUGCGUACUAUAUAUGACGACUGGAGAAUCACAUUCCUUGUAGUAGGUGAAAUCACAACUAGUAGUUUUUGUGGCGGACAUAAUGGCGGAGAAAGCAUUUCGCAACGCUCAAGUGCACAACAUGAUGUGAAUAUGUUCAUAACUAAUAUAAAAGGUAUGAGCGAGCUUGAAGGGGAUGACCCCAGCAGAUGUGGGCAUAGGGGAGACAUAGGGAGACUCAGAAUGGAUUAAGAGAUACUAACAAGCAUGGAUAUAGGUUGGGUCAUACCAUUGGCUGUGUUUCUUGUAAACACGGUGCACCGGGUCUAUGCCGAGUGUCCUCAAGAUCGAAUUCCGGUCGUGGACCUGUGCGGUACCGACCCAUUCACAGACUACGUCUUCCACAUCCAGAGUGCCGGCAUGUCCGGUGGCUUUAGUCACUGCAGCUGUACUUUGUCUACUACACAAGACAACAACAGCGUCACCAUCAACCCCUCAGCCGACGUCAUACCAUCCAUCUGCCAGGCGUACAUCCUCGUCGUCGACGGACUACCCCGUGGCUCGGCCUACGCUUGGUGUAACAGACAGGGGGAGUUCGAGGCUGUCAUGGAUAAAGCCACACCGUGGUCUGUAGACGUCGUGAAGACAUCGUCGACGGCGCCAGCUACUGACCCGGGCCAUUGUCUGCUUGUUCGUGGUAGCAGUCUGUUGACGGUGGCGUGUCGGAAUGACGGAACUGGGAAGGAUGUGACACGUCCAACAACUACACCAACUACACCAACAACGCGGGUACCAUCGAGGAUUGUGACACAAGAACCGUCCAUUAACACUACCGUGACAGGCACCAACAUCCAGACUGAAGGUCCGGCGACAACGGAAGAAACAGCGGCCACUCCCUUCAUCACCACACCGUCACCCACAGCGAACCUUAGACUCUUCACUACAUCUUCACCCUCGACAGUCCCUCCAGUCGUAGCCCAACAGACAUCCACAAGGAUGGAUAAUGAAAAGGCCAUCAUCAUCGGAGUGUCUGUUGGCGCGGUGCUGUUGCUCAUCCUCAUCUCUGUCAUCAUCUACAGGUUAUGUUGCCGAAAUGAAAGGCCAGUUGAAAAGUAUACACCACAUGAGAUACCCGACGUAAAACCCAUGACUGAAGUCGUCCCAAGCUCUAAUCAAGACUACACGACCGUCCAUCCCGCCACUCUCUAUUCCAAUAAAGAUAAAUUGAGAAGAGUCAAGUCAAGCCCUCCAGGUACACGACCAAACAUGCUUGCAGCUGAUGACAGUCACAUCCCUGCACACGCCAUAACGGCAGAUGGACACCUCUUCAAGGAGACAUCGAAGGUGUUUCGCCAGCAUCAACUGGAUGUGUUCAAGGAAGGGAAGAGGAAUGCGGAAAGGGUCAAUAGUGGAGCGACCAUUGAGGCAAAGCGGAGGUACAUCACCAGGGUUGCCAUAACAGGCAGUGGAUACAGCUCUCAGCCAAACUCCAGAGUAAACAGCAUUAAAAGGCAAUCUGGCAAAUUUGUUACGGCAGAGGAGGCAUUCAUGAAGAGGGAAAGAUGGUAUAAGGCUGAGCCCAGAAGCAUCCUUGCUGAUUCACGAAGUCGUAGUCACAGCGGUUACCUUGGUUCACUGUGAUAGGGAUGUGACAAGGUUAUGUAUUUAGUGCUUGCAUAUGCCGUUAUCAUUUUGUGUUUCAACCUCUGAGGUCCCUAAUUAUCUCGCAAUGCCCAUAGGCUUAUGUAUCUCCCUAUUCUCCUGUUAUAAUAUAAAUGUCACCCCGAUCCUAAAAGAGUGAACGGUUUCCGGGUUAACUAAGGAAAUCUUCGCUGUGAGUCAUCGGAAUGAUGUUCGCAAAUAAGUGGCCUUACACUGCCCUUAGAUUCGCCUUUGGUUCAGUUUGUUUUUCUUUCUUUGGACCCCCACUAACACCGAUACAGCAACGAACAUAGCAUUAUAAGGAUGUCUGCGAGUUCAUGGGCAUAUGCAUUAGUUGGUUUGUGGUUUACGACGCACUCAGUAAUAUUCCAGUUUUAUGACGGCGGUCCGUAAAUAAUCUGGCCUGGAACAGACAAUAAUUGCAUCGGUAUCAUGAGCAUCGAUAUACGCAGCUGGGAAACGAUGACAUGCAUUAACCAAGUCAGCGAAACUAACAACCCGAUCCCGUUAGUCGCCUCUUACGACAAGCAUAGUCGCCUUUUACAGCGAGCAUGAGUUGCUGAGGACCUAUUCCCCACCCUGAUCUUCAGGGGCCUUAUGAGCAUAUGCAAUUCAGGAAAAUGUUCAUGCUAUUAAGGGCAAUAAUCAUAUUGGGAACCAUUUUUUUUAUUUCUUCGUACUGUAUAUAAAAGGCACCUUAUCACUUAUACCAUCACCCAAAUACUAAGAAGUAUUCCAAGGUGACAAAGGAGAUGAAAUACAACAAUGCGUCGACAAGCCUGCGUUUUAACAUAAGAUUCAGGUGUGGUUGUGUUACAGGAUUGUACGACCGCUUCUUAUAGCAACCAUUACUUACUCUUCGAGUGCACGCAAUGGUAUCAAAUGAUAUAUGUUAUUGUCUGUUGACCUUUAUACACCAGAGCCCACUUUCACAAAGCGACCUUAGCGUUACGACUUUUGUAAGCCUAUGUUAAAGUACGGGAGAUAAAAUAAAAAUGAUCGCAGAGCUUUGGUUGCUUUGUGCAAGUUGGCCCAGAUUUGUGCAUGCAUUGAUGUAAAAUAACCAUCGACCACUUUGCGAGCAUUUACAGUUAUAGACUCCAGAAUUCGAUAUAGCGAUUACCUGAGCGGCUUACAUAAGUAUGCAUUUGCAUUUAAAAUAGUUAUGUGAACGGAACUUAGCAUUUAGUACCGAAGAGUUUGUGCUAGUUGAAAUGUAUCUGAAACACACUGAACAAUGUGUUACAUGAAUUCGUGUUGCCAUGUAGACAAACGUAGCCUUUGGUAUGUGAUACCGAGUUGUGUUAGCCUGAGACACAUAUCAGUAAAGCCAUAGAAGAGUGCACAUCUAAUAUAACUAUGAGAUCGUCGAGAUGCAUCAUGUAAUCAAGUUCAUCUGUUGAUCGAAUUGAAGAUAAAGCAUGUACUACUUAUGCUGGGUGAUAAAAAAACAAUAAACAUUCUACGUGAAGAAAGGUCCAAGUAAAAGAAAUCAAUAAAGCAGGAAAAGGACAACAGUAACCCCACAAAAAAAUGCACACAAGUUUUAGACCCAGGUUUGAAUAUUUUCUAUCUGCAGCGUCACAUUACAUCGUAGACUUUACAGUUGUCUUAGUUUCUAUAUACCUUGCCCUAAUAAAAUAAACACGAACAUUUCUAUAUACGUAUUAUACAUGUAAAUGCAUAUAUAUUCAUAUUCCAAUAAUUAUUUGGACAACAUUUAUGCUAAAUGAGAGUGAGUUCUCAUACAUCGAAAGUUUCAUUACUGUUGGUGAUUACAGAGUCAAAUCUAAUGGAGCGACCUAUCCGUGGCUGUCUAUACAAAAGAACUAUGUCACUCCUACAACAAUGCCACAAAGUGUUUGGUAUAAUUACCUACAGCAAUGAAACAAUGUUGAUUGAAUGUUAAUAAUAUACCAUAAAGCCACUAAGUGUUUGGUAUAAUUACCUACAGCAAUGAAACAAUGUUGAUUGAAUGUUAAUAAUAUACCAUAAAGCCACUAAGUGUUUAGUAUAUUUACCUACAGCAAUGAAACAUUGUUGAUUGAAUGUUAAUAAUAUACCAUAAAGCCACUAAGUGUUUAGUAUAUUUACCUGCAGCAAUGAAACAUUGUUGAUUGAAUGUUAAUAAUAUACCAUAAAGCCACUAAGUGUUUAGUAUAUUUACCUGCAGCAAUGAAACAUUGUUGAUUGAAUGUUAAUAAUAUACCAUAAAGCCACUAAGUGUUUAGUAUAUUUACCUACGGCAAAGAAACAAUCUUGAUUGAAUGUUAAUAAUAUACCAUAAAGCCACGAAGUGUUUAGUAUAUUUACCUACGGCAAAGAAACGAAGCUGAUGUGAAUGUAAAAAUAUCUAAUAAUGCCACAAUGUAUUUAUUUACCUAAGGCAUAGAGAUAAUGCUGAAUUUAUAUGAAUUGGUGCCUUAAAGCAUAAACGUAAAAACGAACAUGCCAGGUUAUAUUAGUACGGAUGUGGAAACCAUAAUAUAUUUUGCACAAUUUACUAAAAUAUGUAAUGGCUUGUAUCAAGAGACCUGUAUUAUUAUUAGAAACUAUGUGCUUACUACAUACAUGUAUGUCUCAGGAAAAAUAAUUUUUCAUCCUACCUCACUACUGAAAUAAACUAAUCUGUUUGGUUGUUACGAAGGGCGUUCAAUAAGUUUUGCAACUUCAAUAUAUGACCAAGUCGACGAAUAUGUUUUGCACUUUUAUUUUUCAAUAUAAUCUCCACUCAUCUCAAUAUACGUAUUCCAUUUGUCCUUGAAGCUUUUAAUACCACUUUUAUAGAAAUCCGCAGAUUGGCCCUCUAACCACGCCUCCGUGGCAGCCUUUAUAUCCUCGUCUUCGUGAUGUAACUGUAUAGCACCGACUUAGCCCUUAGUGACUAGUAAGGUGAAUGGAGAUUAUAUUGAAAAAUAAAAGUGCAAAAGAUAUUCUGCCAUUUGGUCUUAUAUUGAAGUUGCAAAACUUUUUGAACGCCCCUCGUAGUAUUGUGGCCUAGAUGGAUGUGGUUUUAGACGAAUAAUUGUGUGAUACCAAAUCCUGAAAUUACACAUAAUACACCCAUUCACAUGAACUAUGGACAAAGUUGAGUCUGGAGAUAACGUUUUAAUGUUAUUAAUUAUAUUCCCAUUUGUAAUUUGCCAUAUCGACAUUGUUUACCUGUGUCAUGUGUCAAUUGUAUAUCUGUAACAUGCAUAUUGAAGUAACUAUGAAAUAAAUAUGAAUAUGCUUGUCCCAUCACACUUUGUGUUCGAUCACAUACAUUAGGACACAUGUUAUGUUGUCAUUUGUGACAACCAGUUAGCUUGAGUAUGCCGAAAUAA